AUGACAUUGGGGCAAUUUCUUGACUUUAAAAAUCAUAUACCUGAAACUAGUUCCAACUUGUGUUUAAAACCAACUCAGUUGGAGUUGAAUUUCAUCUUGUGUACUGAAAAUGAUACUUCUGAAGGGCUCUAUUGGUACUCCUUGGAUUUCCCAAUUACUUGGAUAACUAGAAUCUUUAAUCUUGCUAAUGUGAUUCACUUUUGGGUUGGAUUACUAUACAUCCGUGAUGAGGAUUGA